CCAGAGUCAAAGCAGAGGUACUAAUACAGGUCCUAAUAGGGAUAUAAAAACAGGGACCACCCUAUAAUAUAGUUCAACACUGGGUAAGGUUUAUCUGUACACACUGUUGACGACAGGUCUAAAGGAUGGCAGAAGAGCUGCAUUAUUCUUCUGUGGUUUUCAAGAAUCCCAUCGUUUCUUCGCCGAAAGAGAAAAAAGAGGAAGAAACAGCAUAUGCUGAAGUAAAGGCUAAGGGAAGUGCAGUCACUCAACAAAAUCCUGCCACAGCAGUGGACGAGAAGUCUGCUCUCCACUCUCAACCCUUUCGAGGAGCGGCAGUGUGUUUGGGGCUUCUUUGUGCCCUCUUGGUUUCAGCCAUUAUAGGCCUCUGUGUCUACUUCAGCACUGCUCUCUCAGAGCACAACACAAAGUUGGUGGGGGAACUGGCGGCCAAUCAGGACCUAAUGAAUCUCAAUAGCAAUCUGAGUACAGCCAAUCACAUUUUGCAGAGUGAUUGCACCAAUCUCAGCACUACAAACCGACGUUUAGCGGCAGAGAUAGAAAAUGUGUCAAGAGAGAGGGAUAGACUGAACUGGAAUCUUCAGUUCAUAUUUCAGUUUGAUGACUUUCCGGUCAAUAAAUAUUGUUCACAAAACGUUGGCACAGGAGAGAGAGUGUGUAACUCUUGCCAAGAUGGCUGGAUUUUGUUCCAAUCUAGUUGUUACCUGAUUGUGCAAUAUGACACUCCAUGGAAGACCUGGACAGAAAGCCAACAAUAUUGCAAACAAGAGAAUGCUGAUUUGCCCGUCAUUGGCAGCCGAGCAGAACAGGAAUUCAUUCAUAGCCACACUAAAGAAUACUAUGAUAAGUACCAUGGGUAUUGGAUCGGUUUGACGGACAAAGCCGAAGACGGCAACUGGCUCUGGGUUAAUGGAGGUCAUCAGAAUCUGACUGAUGGGUUUUGGAACAGUCAAACUGGGGGUGAUUGCGUGUUAACUAUCCCAAACAAUGCACCGUUGGCUAAUUGGAAUGCAGUACGGUGUGAUAUGCAGAACAGUUGGAUCUGUGAGAGUAGAGCAUUAAUAAAGGUCAAAUACAAAAUAAUAUGGUCAGAUUAAAUUGCAGGGACACUCUCUUAAGAGGUAUUCUCACAUACUGAGCUCAUAUAUUAUGGCAUCUUCCUUUGAGAAUUCCAUUAAGUUGUAUUCUUCUCAUUGAAGGACCCCUGCAUCUGCUUGUUGGGGUCAAAUCAGAUUCACUCAAUUCAGGAAGUGAUUUUAAUAUAGAAUUCACAAAGGAAAACCUUAAUUGGCUGACGCAAACACAGGUCUGUUUUGUACGUUUUUGAAAUGUUAACAAUCAACGAUCUGUUUUAAUGUAGCUUUGGUGAAUUUAAAAAAUAAUGUUUAGUUUUGAGCUUUCAUAUAAAUCAGGCACAUUUUCUUUCAUAUCAAUUAUUUCAUUAUGACAAUGAAUUAGUGCUCUUAUAUUGUCUUAUUGUAUUAUGUUUCAUACAGCUGUUCCCAUGUUCACAUUCAAAGAUCAACUGUAUGUAUAGUAGUGUUUUAGUAUAACAUUUGUUUUGGCCUUUCAUAGAUCAGAAAUCAUAUAAUAUUCAGUUUACAAAGUAAAGCUGGACUUGCCAACCAAGAUUUUCUUCCUUCAAUUUUGAAACAUCUUAGCAUAUGAAGUACAAGUUUAUGAUGAUGCCUUCACCACCAUACUCCACCGUAGGGAUGGUGCCAGGUUUCCUCCAGACGUUACUCUUGGCAUUCAGGUCAAAAAGUUCAAUCUUGGUUACAUCAAACCAGAGAAUCUUGUUUCGCAUGGUCUGUGAGUCCUUUUGGCAAAUUCCAAGCUGGCUGUCAUGUGCCUUUUAUUGAGGAGUGGCUUCUGUCUGGCCACUCUAUCAUAAAGGCCUGAUUGGUGGAGUGCUGCAGAGAUGUUUGUCCUGGAAGUUCUUCCAUCUCAACAGAGGAAAUGUUAAGCUUUGUCAGAUUGACCAUCGCAUUAUUGGUAACCUCCCUGACCAAGGCCCUUCUCCCCCGACUGCUCUGUUUGGCCGGGCAGCCAGCUCUAGGAAGUGUCUUGGUGGUUCCAAACUUCUUCCAUUUCAGAUUGAUGGAGGCCACUGUAUUCUUGGGGACCUUCAAUGCUGCAGACAUUUUUGGUACCCUUCCCCAGAUCUGUGCCUCGACACAGUCCUGUCUCGGAGCUCUACGGACAAUUCCUUCGACCUCAUGAUUUGGUUUUGCUCUGACAAGCACUGUCAACUGUGGGACCUUAUAUACACAGGUGUGUGCCUUUCCAAAUCAUGUCCAAUCAAUUGAAUUUAUGACAAGUGGACUGCAAUCAAGUUGUAGAAGCAUCUCAAGGAUGAUCAAUGGAAACAGUAUGCACCUGAGCUCAAUUUCGGGCCUCAUAGCAAAGUGUCUGAAUACUUAUGUAAAUAUGGUAUUUCAAAUCAAAUUUAUUUAUAAAGUCCUUCUUACAUCAGCUGAUAUCUCAAAGUGCUGUACAGAAACCCAGCCAAAAAAAAAACAGCAAGCAAUGCAGGUGUAGAAGCACAGUGGCUAGGAAAAACUCCCUAGAAAGGCCAGAACCUAGGAAGAAACCUAGAGAGGAACCAGGCUAUGAGGGGUGGCCAGUCCUCUUCUGGCUGUGCCGGGUGGAGAUUAUAACAGAACAUGGCCAAGAUGUUCAAAUGUUCAUGGAUGACCAGCAGGGUCAAAUAAUAAUAAUCACAGUGGUUGUCGAGGGUGCAACAGGUCAGCACCUCAGGAGUAAUGUCAGUUGGCUUUUCAUAGCCGAUCAUUCAGAGUAUCUCUACCGCUCCUGCUGUCUCUACAGAGUUGAAAACAUCAGGUCUGGGACAGGGAGCACGUCCGGUGUACAGGACAGGGUUCCAUAGCCGCAGGCAGAACAGUUGAAACUGGAGCAGCAGCACGGCCAGAGAAAGAAAGAAAGAAUUAGAGAGCAUACUUAAAUUCACACAGGACACCGGAUAAAUGAGAAAUACUCCAGAUAUAACAGACUGACCCUACCCCCCCCCCCGACACAUAAACUACUGCAGCAUAAAUACUGGAGGCUGAGAAAAGAGGGGUCGGGAGACACUGUGGCCCUUUCCGAUGAUACCCCCGGACAGGCCAAACAGGGCCAAACAGGCCCUUUAGGUUAUUUAUGUUUCUUAUUUUUAAUACAUUUGCUUGGGGGGAUUUGUGUGUAGAUUGAUGAAAAAAAUACAUAUAAAUCCAAAAUGUGGAAGAAGUCAAGGGGUCUGAAUGCUUUCCAAAUGCACUGUAUAAGUUAUAUUCUUCAAGAAUCAAUGGGUACAUAUCAUUAAUUUAUAAGUCCAAAAAAUGAUGCCCCUUUAAGCAUCAUGCAAAUGUGUGACAUCACAAAGUGUAGUAGGGAAAGCUCAUUGAGCAAGAAAUACAUGGACAUUACUGUGCUCAUAUCUAGCAACUUCAUAUCUGAUAUUGAUAUCACAUUGUUUAAAACAUCCAUGUUGAGAAUAUCAACAAUACAGAACACCGUACAAGAAUCGGCAUAUAAACACCAGUUUAAAAAAGGAUUUCUAAUAUCAAUUCCACUAUAAAUCUCUAUUGUUGAAUUGCUGAGUCUGUUGUUGACAGGAAACAAAACGCCCUUUUUUUCAUGGUUUUGCAAAAAUUUCAGUUGAGUCUAGAUUAAAUGUACCGUAUUUAAUUUGAUGGUUUCAUUUGUCUAUGAGAUGAACUGAACAUUGGAGCUCUGCCACAAGCUCAUCAAUGGCUGAUCUCUUUGCCUCUCCAACAAUCUUGGGCAAGUCCUCAUCAAUCUUGUUCUAAAUUAUAUUUUAAAAAAUUGAGGUAUGGACUCAAUGUGUAACCUAUCCUCUACUGUCUGCUUGUCCUCUUUGCAUUUUUUUUGGUAUCUUUUAUUUUAGGUUCCUCCUCCACUGUUCUCCCUUCCUUUCUCUCCCCUAUUGCUGCAUCCUGUUUCUUUUUCUUUUUUGGAGGAGAGUCCUCCACAGUUUCUGAUUGGUUGGUUUCUUGACAUUAGUGUGUUCCAUCUCCACUGGAUCCUCCUCUUUGUUCUUGGAUGACUUCUUCUUUUUGAUAUUGGUGUCUGAGUCAGUCACUUGGAGAAACUCACGAUUUGACUGACAUUAAUGUUUUGUAGAAGAUGGUCUCUGCAAAUACAUUUGCAAUUAUUUUAUUAAAUGUGUACACAAUGGUUUUAAUU